CGCGGCGGCGGGCGGAAGGGCGGAGGGCGGCAGCGCCAUGCCCGGCCCGGCGGCGCCGGCGGGACCCGGCCCCGACCCGGAGGAGAGCUACGACUUCCUCUUCAAACUGGUGCUGAUCGGGGACGCCAGCGUGGGCAAGACCUGCCUGGUGCAGCGCUUCAAAACCGGGGCCUUCGCCGAGCGCCAGGGCAGCACCAUCGGCGUGGACUUCACCAUGAAGAGCCUGGAGAUCCAGGGCAAGCGGGUGAAGUUGCAGAUCUGGGACACGGCUGGCCAGGAGAGAUUCCGAACUAUCACACAGAGUUAUUACCGCAGCGCCAAUGGAGCAAUCCUAGCCUAUGAUAUCAGCAAGAGAGGCUCUUUUCUGUCCAUUCCUCGCUGGAUCGAGGAUGUGAGAAAGUAUGCCGGUUCCAACAUAGUACAAUUACUGAUUGGAAACAAGUCUGACCUAAGUGACCUUCGGGAGGUUCAGCUGGAAGAAGCUCAGAGUCUGGCUGAACACUAUGAUAAUAUCAUCUGUGCCAUAGAGACCUCUGCGAAAGACUCCAGCAAUGUGGAGGAGGCUUUUGUGAAGAUGGCUACAGAGCUCAUGAUGAGGCACGGAGGCCCUAUGUUCAGUGAGAAGAAUACUGACAGCAUCAAGCUUGACAGCAAAGACAUUGCAGAAGGCUGGGGGUGUGGUUGCUGAUAUGAGCUAGGUGACAUCCCUAAAUUUACUGGAAUUUAGAUGGUGCUUCACCCUAAUGCUGAGUAGCACGGUAGCCAUAUUCUCCUCCUCCUGUGAAACCAGCGAUUUUGUAGAAGUUAGACACAAUCCUGUUUGCUUUGGUGUCUUGUUUUUAAAAAGGGACUCUUAAGAGGUAGUCCUAAAAGUCAAACCCUCUGAAAAACUUACUCAACGUUUGUCCCUACCAUUUUCUUUCCUGUAGCCUUCAUACAAGUUACAAAUUGGAGGAAACAACAUUGAACUGGUGAUGUGGGGUGGGGAGACAGAUGGUUGGGGAAGAACCUGAUGCACACCCAAAGUUCUGAAGCAUUUAGCACGGGACUGUUGGCAAAGGAAGUCACUUUUGGAACAGGCAGUCUUGACAGCGUCUCUUGAAAUCCUCAGCAGUCCACCAAUGACCAGACAGAGUGUCUUUGAUAAAGGUAUUUCAAGUGUCAGAAUACACAGCGUUUUGAUUACAGGACCAAAUAGCAGUCACCUGUCCUAGGGCAUAUGGAUUGCUAGCUAGUAGUGAAACAGGCCCAUGUGAGAAAGCCUUCUCUCAGGUUUUAUUGUAAUUUUUUUAAGUUAUCAUUUUAAUAAAAAGCAAAAUCAGCCUGAGCAAUAUCACAUGACUUGCUGUCAAGCAGGAUUGGGCCAGUGUAGUUAUUUUAAAUACAGCCUUGAGGAGGGGGUAGAUGCAUUUCAUUUAUUAUUGUUUGCACAGUGAUAGCUCCCUUUUCCAAGUGGGUAUCAUUGAGUUUUUGCCCUCAGGUCUCAUAAUUUCAUUCCACAACUCAAGACCUGCACCACUGGAAACAGGAACUGGAGAAACCUUGAAGUGACUGGUAGCUACAAUCUCCUGCCAUGCGCCUAAUGGUCACAUACAGGGUUAGUUCUGGUCAUACAUUUGACGUGUUACCAGAGUGUUUAUUGCUUAAGUGGCAUAAGUGGAUUUGGAUUUUGCUUGGUUUUGGUUUUCUAAUCCAUCUCUUUAAAUACAAUCUGGGCAUAUAAUGGAAAGGAAGACCUCAGAAUAGCUGAAAACUGCAUGAAUUGUAAGUUAGUGGUUGUAAGAAACCAGCAUCUUUUCAAGUGAUUCCCUCCCAACUUUGUACUUAGCUGCUUUCCUCUCCCUAUCACAAGUUACCAAUUGCUUUUAAUUUCUUGAAAACACUCAGCAGGAAAAACCUUUCACUGUUGAUCAGAAGUCUACAUUGUUAGGUAAAAUAGAUUUCAUAAUUCAACUACAUAUAGCUGUCUUUCAGAUUUAGCUUUGUAUUACGCGUUGUAGAUGCCGUUGAAUUACUGAUGGCAGAGCCCUCUCUGGAUUUAUUCUCAAGCACCUUACAAAAAUGGAUUUUCAAAGGGAGCAGAAGCAGGAUUAUUUUUAACUGUGCCGUUAAAGCAAAAGUGUUGAGAGGACAAGUGAUUUUUUGCAAUCCUGAUACUUUGAAGGAGCUCAUUUUUAGAAAGCACUCACUUAAAGCGAAGUCACUUGUCCCUUUUGAAAAUCUUGAUCAAAAAGGACCUGGAUUGGUUUGCUACUAGGACUACACCAGUUUUUAGCCAUUCAACAUAAACAGUAUCAUGAAAAUCAGGAAGAUUUAAAAAAGGGCUAAUGGAUCUUACUUUCAAUACUAUUCAUCUUGAUACAGAAAAUAUGAAACCAUUCUCUGGGCUUUUUGUUUUGUUUUUUUUAAACUAUGAGGUAGAUAAUUGAGGAGUUAAAUAUGCUUUGUAGCUUGUUUGCUUUUAACCUAAGGGGUUAGUUUUCAAGUUUUAUAGUAGUAAGAGUGAAAGGGCCUUAAAUUUUUCAAUUAAUAUAGUUUUCACAGUUCUAAUGCGUUAUAUGGAAGGGGAGGUUGAGCUGCAGUACUCAACAGUAUUUUUGGAUAGUUUUCCAGGAUAUUCCCAGCUCUCCUAUAUCCAAAGAUAAUAGGCAGUAAGUGUCUAGCAGUAGCUAGACACUGAAAAUGAAAUCUAGAUUUGUUAGUGAAUAUUAAACCCUGUAUUCCACUCUUGGGAGAAACUAUGGAGACAGUCCAAGCUAAAACUCAGUCCUGAUGACUGGUUUUCCUCCUGGUUGGAUGGUCUUUAAGAUACAGAAUACUAGCAAGCAUUUGACUUUAUGGCAUGACAUACAGUUUAUGUCUGUAGGUCAGAGUCCUGCAGUUCUGCAUGCUUGAACAUGGACCUUCAGACAAGCUCACCCUCCCGCUAUUUGCAGGAUUAGUGCCAAAUUAUUUAAGCCAUGCUGAUGAUAAUUCACAUGCAUUUAAGAACAGUAUUGCUACUACUCAGAUUGAAAUUGGUAGUUUACAUAGUAACUCAUCUUAAAACUGGAGCAAUAUGCAAAAUGAACAUAAAUCCUGCUUCCAAUGAAGUCAGUGAAUGAUUGUGUUUUUAAAGUAGAUGGAAAACUGCGGAAUACUGAUCCAUUUUCUCAGUUUGGAGGUUUGUUUAGUAAACAAGUAGAAUUACACCAAGCACUAUGCUCUUUCUUACAAUUUGCCCUCAUAUAUCUCUUAAGCUAGUGUGAAGGUUGAGACUCUGCCUGCAGGUUAGUCUGUUUCAGUCAGAAAACAUGAACUACAGCAGCAGUGGUUUGUUCACUGUGUUUUCAGGUGAAAGCACUAAUUCAGCUUAAUUUUUGUUUUGCUGUAGAAAACUAAGACUAUGGCUUUAAGUCAGGUUUUUCUUUUAACUCUUGGCUCUUCUGUGUUGUAAGAAGUGUAAUACAAGUUUGCAUCCCCUGCCUUACUGAGCAAAAGGGAACAAAGAAAUAGACUGAAGACCUGGUUUCAGGUUAGUAGCAGAUAUGAAUGACAGUGCUUGGGCUGUCAGUAGUGAAAGACUAUUUCAGUUACCAAACCCUUGCUUCAUCUGUUAGUAAUAGCACAGUAGGCACUAGGCUGACAGCUUCUUGACCAGAAAUAAAUUAGAUGGUAAAUGUAACUUAGAGCUUUUUCACUCCCCUUCUGAAGACUUUUAUUAAAUCUGUAAUUCACGCACAUAGCUAUGUAAUUUGAGUAUUGGGAAGACAGUCCUGUUGAUUUAAUUCCAUUAAUCCUACUGAAACCAAAAGGAUACCUGGGUGAAGAGAGUGAGUAGCAAUAAACCUGAGAUUUAUGGGUAAAAACCUGUUUCAAAUCUUAGGUUACAAAUGUGCACUGAUAUACAUCAAGUGAAUAAUUCAGUAGUGCAUGAUCAGAGUUCACAGCAUAAACAUUUGCCAGGAAACCUGCUUACUGGUAGUUGAACAUUAACAAGACUAUGGUGCAGUAAUUGCUUUUAAGCAGAUUUUCUUGGCUGACCAUGUAUUUGCAUUAGUAUUUAUCAUUUAUUUUUGGCAUUACCCAAAGUGUACAAAAUAUUACAAAAACACAGAAGGGGACCUUGAUCCCUGCCUUGUAACACUUAGGAGUGGAAUGCAGAGGCAAAUACUGAAAUGAAAUUGUCAGCAGAAUGUGGUUCCCAGGAGCACAGGCAUUGUUAUCCUUUGUAUUGAAUUUGAUUUAAGCUAAUUUUAUCUCCAGUUACUCAUCCAGUCUAUCAUCAUGGAUGGAACUUGUACAAAUAUUUACAAUUACAUCAAUAUAAUACCAAAUACCUGCUAGUGUUUGCAUUGCAAAACAAAAUUUAAAAAAAAAUUAAAAUACUUCAAACCAUUAGGACUUUUCCUCUGGUCUUAUCACUUUCACUGUACUGGAAAGCAGGUCACUUUUGAAGGGGAAAAACUACAAGCCUAAAUGAAGCCCAGCUAAUCCCACAUAGAUUUCUAAGAACUUAAUGAGAAGUGGAGCUCUUGCUGAGUUUCUUUGCCUUUAAAGAUAAUACUUAUUUGAAGAAUAGAGCCGAUGAUCAUGUGCGAUAUAUGUGUUACUGCAGUACAUUACAGUAUGUAUACACUCACACCGUGGCAGCCUCAGAUAACGUUGAAGCCUUUCCUUGAGUUGCCCCAGUAUAUAUUGUCCCACUAAGAUUUACACCUCCAUUAUUUAAUCUCUUAGUCCCAGGCAGCUGACCGUUUGAAUGUCUCUCACCAUCUCAUGCCAAUCCUGAGGGAACUGGGAGGUAAUAACAUUAUUAGUUUCUCUUCAUGGUAUUGUUUUACUCAAUUUUGUAAUGAGAGUCUCUUUAAAUCAAGAUGAAUUUAUAUGUUAUUUCACUAAUAGAAAUUGUUUAUCUUUACCUAUCCUGCUUCCAAAACAUUUAUACAUUAACAGACCAUGGAAGUUUACCCUAUUGCAUUAUUUUGGGUAAACAGUGUGCUGAAAGAAAAUGAAGUGAGAACAAUACAUGCUUGGUGAAACUGAAAAAUAAAGUUACUCUCCUUUUGGUAUCUUCCAGGCUUAGAGACUACUCACUUUAGCCCCUGUCAGUCAUUCUCUAUGGAGAUGUCACAGGAGCAAACCAGCUUAUGGGCAGAGUGUGCAACCAGUAAACCGGAAAAAUUCAAGGAAAUUGGAGCGAGUAUGUACUGUUCUGUGAAGAGGUAGUUCUCACAUGACUCGCUUUGCCCCAGUAGCUGAUGAUGACCACACAGCUCAUAUUCCCACUCUUGUGGUACAUGAAGUGAGGCAAUUAAAGAGCUACAGAGCCAAGGACAUGUGUAGUUCUUGGUGGAAUUGAAAGCAAAUAAAUCUCAAAGUUUAGGCUAAUUACCCUAGCCACUUAAUUAUUCUUUCUCAAAUGAUACUAAGUUGUUUCGUCAACUAAAAGGCAACAAAUUUGGCAAUAAAAGAUGCCACAUUGUUAAUGGAGAUUAAUAGUUACAUUUUAUUACACUUUUAUGAAGUAUAGUGACUCCCAAGUCACAGAGCAGAGUCCUUUAUAAUUGAGCUGUUCUCAUAUAUGACAAUUCUCUUCUGUGCUAUAAGAAGAGAUUCACAGAUUUGGGAAAUAUUGUCUCAGUUUUAUGUUUUUAGUAUCUUUUGGUGCUAAUCAUCCCACUGAGGUUUCAGUUAGAGAACCAGCCUCCUGGAUAUCUUAGUUUUUACUGUCCAGGUAGCGUUAGAUUUCUUUUAACUCUGUUGAAUUGGAUUAUAGAGCUAUUUAAAGCAGGAAAAAAAUCUUAGGUGGAAGCACUUAAUUGCAAUCCCCACUACAUACUUUAAAAAGCCCCAAACUAUUCUACAACUCGAUGUUCGGAUUUCCAGCACAAGUUUAUCCCUCUGCAUUUUUUUUUAUCAUUUCAUUUUAGUUUACUUGGAAGAGAGCAGGGUUACAAAAUCAAAACAAACAAACCAACCCAAAUGUAUAUUUGCUGUCCAUGGAAGUGUUGCCAGUAGUUAGAUAAAAAUAGCCGGUAUAUUCUCCUAUCUUGAUCUUAGAUAGCAUUUUUUUAAUAAGACUGAAAAACGUUAAAACGCACUUUAAAAAUAAUUCUCUGAGGCACAAAAGAAUUGCAUUUUUUUUCCACUGUGUCUUUUUUUAAAAAGGGUUUCUAUUACUUGAACACUGACAAAGGCAGUUACCUGUAUUACAUUCGUAACUUUAGGCGUCACUGAAGACAGACUGUCAACAAUUGUCUUGGUUUUCCAUAUUAGUCAGUGACCAGAGGAAAACAAGGGAACAGAGUAACCUCACAAAAAUGAGAAGAGUGAAGCCUGAGUAACAGUCAGGGAAGAUUUUCUAUUUAGUCCAAUUAAAUGUGUUAGGUUUUAUCAAUGCUUACUCAGUUCGAAGGAGAUACUUUCCAUCCCAAAGGUAAAAUAAUACACUAUACAAAUAGUUAUGGGCUUUCCUGUUUGUUUUUUGUACAUCAGAAAUUUGACUGCGGUCUAUACUGAAGACUGGACUGCUAAACUAGUUAAGUGUAUGGUAACAGCAGAGUUUAACCUUUGGAGAGCUGUUAAAUUGGCUUAAAGCUGGAUUUAGAACCUAUUCCUUCUAUUAUGAGGUGAGAAGCAUGUCUUUCUCCCACAGGACACCAUUUGAAAACCACUAGGAGAUCCAAGAUCAUACCUUGAUAAAAAAAUUAUUGAGGCUCUUUAUCAUUAAAAAUAGUCACUUUCCAUGUUUCUUUUGCAAGAUAUUUUUAGACUUCAAUUGAGUUAUUUCCAAUUCAGUUCUCCAGCUGACACUGAUUUCUACUUUCUUUCAACCUCAAAUUUAACAGAAAACUGAGGAUUAAUCUUCCUAUCACAAGGCAUUGAAGGGCCACCAGAUAGACUAUAACCAACAGGUUUUUGCAGAUGUAUAGCUGUCAAUCUGCUCCUGACAGUUACCAUCAUCUGUAAUGUGUGUAUAUAAUACACUAUACUCUGAAAUCAGUCAAGUCCAGCUUUGUGAUCAUUCAGCCAAGUAGGUAGUGUAGGUCAGGGUAAAGUAUUAGGCAAGUGUAGCAGCUUCACAGAGCUGCUUGUUUAAUCCACUUCUGUCUAAGGCUUACCAAGCCCAUACAAAAUUUGCUAUUACAGCUAAAUUAAUUCUUUUCCUUUAGUCAUAAACAUAACAUUAAAAAAAUCCUACAUUUGUGUCUUUCAAUUUUAAAGCCUAGACUAGGAUAAUAAAAACAGUCAUCACCUAUUUCAAGCUUUCAUAAGAACAUAUGCCUUAUCACUGAAUACUCUGUAGAAGUUUAAACCUUAAUUCCCCCAUAAACUCACUCAGACAUCUUAAAGUACACUCUGUUCAGAUGUAAUUGCUAGGUAAAAGGAUCCAAGUUUCUGUAAAUUUUAGCUUAGAGGAAGUACCUUAUAUAAUUGCGAAAAAAAAUUGCCCAAAAUGAUGGCAAGUUAGUAGUUAUGAUUUCUAACUGUUCAA